AUGAAGUUCCACCAAACUCUGGCAUUCGCAGCACUAGCUGGCCUGGUUGCUGCCUUGCCUAUUACCAUCGAGGGUGAAUCUGUCGCCAUUCGGGAAGCUCAACGUGGAGGCCCUCCACCUCCACCUCCCCGCGGAGGCAACGGUGGCAAUGGUGGCAAUGGUGGAGGGGCGCGUCCCCCGCCACCUAGGAGAGAUUUAUCUGCUAACGAAGACGACAACGACUUCGAUAUUCCAGACGGCCUUGACACCAAGCGGGAUGUGUCCGACAUUGUCACGAUUGACAGGCGUGAGGCUCAGCGUGGUGGCCCUCCUCCUCCCCCGCCUCCUGGAGGGAACGGCGGAAAUGGUGGUGCCCGUAGGCCUCCACCUCGAAGGGAAAUAUCCGAUAUCACUGCAUCGGCGCUUGAUAAACGCGAAGCGCAACGCGGUGGUCCUGCUCCGCCGCCGCCACCGCCGCCCGGGGGAAAUGGAAGAAACGGGAACGGAAAUGCUGGCAGACCGCCGCCUAGGAGGGAAUUGUCCGCGAACGGAGAUGAUGACUUCGAGAUCCUGGAUGAAUCUGACAUCAAGAGGGCCGUAAUCGGCGAUAAUGAAGAAGAUGUUGAUAUUGCAGACGACUGA